CACGCGCUGGCGGGCGGCGCGGGGAUCGGGGCGGCGGCGGGCGGAGGAGAGUGGGGAGCGGUCGGUGGAGCCCCGCGGGGCCGCCGCCCGCAGCCCCGCCAGCAUGUCCGCUAAGGAGCGGCCAAAGGGCAAAGUGACCAAGGACAGCGUCACCCUCCUGCCCUGCUUCUACUUCGUAGAGUUGCCCAUAUUGGCAUCUUCUGUUGUUAGUCUCUAUUUUCUUGAACUUACUGAUGUCUUCAAGCCAGUUCACUCUGGAUUUAAUUGCUAUGACAAGAGUCUGAGUAUGCCAUACAUUGAACCCACACAAGAGUCUGUUCCCUUCUUGAUGCUGCUGAGUCUGGUUUUUGCUGGACCGUCAAUUACGAUAAUGAUUGGAGAAGGGAUUCUCUACUGUUGCCUGUCCAAAAGAAGGAAUGGGAUUGGAACAGAGGCCAAUAUUAAUGCAGGAGGAUGCAACUUCAAUUCUUUUCUUAGAAGAGCUGUCAGAUUUGUUGGUGUUCAUGUGUUUGGUCUUUGUUCUACUGCUCUUGUUACUGAUAUUAUACAGCUAUCAACAGGAUAUCAGGCACCAUAUUUCCUGACUGUGUGCAAGCCUAACUACACAUCUUUAAAUGUAUCCUGCUCAGAGAAUUCGUAUGUUGUGGAAGAUAUUUGCUCAGGAGCUGAUCUCAAUAUUAUCAAUGCUGGAAGAAAGUCAUUCCCGUCUCAACACGCCACCCUGGCAGCCUUUGCAGCAGUGUACAUUUCGAUGUACUUCAAUUCUACAUUAACAGACUCCUCUAAACUUCUGAAACCACUCUUGGUCUUUGCUUUUAUCAUCUGUGGAAUUAUAUGUGGCCUGACUCGUAUCACCCAGUAUAAGAAUCAUCCAGUUGAUGUUUACUGUGGCUUUCUCAUAGGAGGAGGAAUUGCUCUUUAUUUGGGUCUGUAUGCUGUGGGGAACUUCCUACCAAGUGAUGAGAAUGUGUUUCACCAAAAUUUUCACAGAGAACCUCUAAGGUCUUUGACAGAUCUCAGUCAAGAUGCCAACAGAAUCCUGCCAGGUAAAAACAGUAGCAGUGGUGAUGGCAUUGUCUCUCACCGUACAGAAAGUAUCCUGAACAGAAACCACAGAGACUCAGGGUCUCUGACCAAUAUCAAGAGAGCAAAUGCUGAUGUAGAAAUAAUAACACCACGAAGCCCUAUGGGAAAGGAAAACAUGGUUACUUUCAGCAACACUCUUCCAAGAGUCAAUACACCAUCCUUAGAAGAUCCAGCAAGACGAAAUGCAACAAUACAUGCAUCAAUGGAUUCUGCCCGUUCCAAGCAGCUGCUUUCCCAGUGGAAGAACAAGAAUGAAAGUCGGAAGUUGUCACUGCAGGUAAUAGAGACUGAUUCUGGGCAGUCACCACCGAGGGCUAUUGAAAUGAGGUCAAGCUCUGAACCCUCCAGAGUGGGUGUAAAUGGUGAUCAUCAUGCCCCAGCUAGCCAAUACCUGAAAAUUCAACCUGGCAGUGUACCAGGUUGUAACAACUCAGGUCUUUCUGGUGGGCCAAGGGUCUCUAUUCAGUCACGUCCUGGCUCAUCACAGCUGGUGCAUAUUCCUGAAGAGACUCAGGAGAAUGUGAACACAUCGCCUAAAAGUAGUUCAGCUAGAGCUAAAUGGUUGAAAGCUGCUGAGAAGAGUGUUGCAUGUAGAAGCAAUAGCCAGCCACGAAUCAUGCAAGUAAUAGCCAUGUCUAAGCAGCAAGGAGUUCUUCAGGGCAGUCCAAAGGGCUCAGAUGGAAGCACAGUCACUUGUACAGGAGCCAUCAGAUAUAAAACCUUGACAGACCAUGAGCCAAGUAGCAUUGUCAGAGUUGAGGCCCAUCCAGAAAAUAACAGACCUAAAAUUCAGAUGCCAUCAGAAGGUGAAGGAAGUGGGUCAUGGAAAUGGAAAGGUCCUGAAAAAAUCACCCUUCGUCAAACAUAUGAGCUAAAUGAUCUUAACAGAGACUCUGAGAGCUGUGACUCCUUAAAAGACACUUACGGAUCGGGUGACAGGAAAAGGAGCAACAUAGAUAACAGUGAUCAUCACCAUCAUGGAAUCACUACAAUAAGAGUCACGCCAGUGGAGGGAAGUGAGAUUGGUUCAGAGACUCUGUCCAUUUCUUCCAGCCGGGACUCAACACUUCGAAGAAAAGGUAACAUCAUUUUAAUCCCUGAGAGAGGGAGCAGUCCAGAGAACACCAGAAACAUCUUCUAUAAAGGCACAUCCCCAACACGAGCAUACAAGGAAUGAGAGGAGACAUAUCAGCUGGACCAUACCACCAUGAAGUAAACACAUCUUGACACAGGUUCUGCUCUUUGUUUUGAGCUGAUGUUUACCUUUGAUGUGCCAACUUAUUGACCAGCAGCCCAACUGUUCUUGAACACUGCUGAUGUGCAUGAGCCUGUGGAAAGCACGUGGUGGGGGAAAAAGCACAAUGCCAGAACCUAGCUAAUGUGAAACAUUUCCGUGCAACUUGUUUCUUCAGACUCAAAAUGUUUAUCUGAGGGUGAUGAUGUCAAUCAAAACAAUGGUCUUGAACACAAGACACUUUAUUUCCUGAAUGUGCCAACUUUUUAUUUUAUAUUUGUGUCCAAAAUCAACUGAAUUUUUCACAGCAAAGGCUGUAUCAGUGGUAUAUAUUCAACCUUGCAUAAUUUGCACCAAAUCUUUAAUACAGGAUGGUGCUGAUGAUAACCUUACAUGUUUUGGAAAAUUGCAUACUUGUUAGACUCUACAAACACAUGAUGUAUUGAUGUGCAGUUACUUUAAAAGUAAUAUUGCUAAUAUUAUGAUGAUGCUGGCUGCAGUCAUUUAGCUUAGGAAAUAUUUACAGCUUUGUUAUAGUGGAUCUGUCACAUUCAAAGAUUGCAAAGUUUUUGUGUAGCUCUUUAAGCUGUCUACUGCAACAAAAAUGUGUGGGUGACAUUCCAUUAGAAUGGAAUAUCUGUUUUGAAUGGUUUUGCUGCUACUGCUCAACUUCUGUUUAAGAACAGGUGCUACUAAUGAAAAGGCUGCUUCUUAGUGGGCUAACUUGUAGAAUUGUGUUAAAUUAUGUUUUUCAAGGGGUCUUUUAAAGUAGUACAAGUAAUUCAGAUUUUACAUUUUUAAACAUUUUACUCUGUCCUUCAGCAACCUUUCAAUUUUUCUAUUAGUUUUUAACCAUAUAAUGCAGGACACCAAUAACUGCAAGAUGUGCAAAUGUGAAAGGCAAGCCAUGAGUUAACAGAAAUAAAUGGCCACUUUCCUGACCAGCUUUCAAGGACGUAGUAAUUAAUAUCAUAGCUCACACUUAGCAGCAGUCAUUCACCUCACUUGCUUAGUAUGCCACAAGAACAAUCACAAGUUUUCACUUCAGUCACCAUCAUUUAGGGAAUUUAUGUUUCACUUCGAAGAUGGAAUGACUUGGUAUUGCAGAAUCACUGAAUAAGUGUUGCAUUGUGCCACUACCAAUGUUCACCUCCCUUGAGACACCCUCCAGAUCCUUCCUAAGUAAUAUACCUUUUCACACCACUGCCACUUAAGAAUAUGGAGGGUCUCUGCACCUGAGAGAACAUGGAUUAUUUUUAUAAUUUGAGUUUCAAAUAUAACAAAAUAAGUUGUCUGCUAGAACUCUCCAUUGCCAGAAGUUUUUGAAGGGAUAAGUUCUGAAGGGAAUAUGCAUAGCAUGCCCUGGGCGUGCUAGAAGAAAUGCCUCAUUGCAUUUGGCUCUGACUUAAACCAUGAAGGAAGAAGCCAGGGGCAAUGCUUAUCCAGUGCAGCUCCUCGUUUUCUCCUAGAUUAUUUCCACCUGAAGGAGAACUAUCUGGCACACCUCCCAGCUCCACUGCUAGGAGGGGGGGGGAAACAUUUAGCAAUCCCCUCACUGAGGAAAUAGGGCAGAUUAAGUCUAUUCUCUGGCUGCUUGUGAGGAGUGUUUUGCUGUAAGUCCUCUUCUGAUUUAGGGUACCAGAGGACCAGAUACAUUUGACGUAGUCUGAACCUGUCUGUGGACCCUUCCCAACAGAACUCUGAGGAAAAGCCCACCCAGCCAAGUAGGAGGUAGAAGGAAGAAUCAUCCCAACUCAAGAUGAUAAAUAGCUCAACACACACAGAGACCAAAAAAAGGAAAAAAACAAAACAAAAGAAAACAAAAAAUCACUCAAAAAAACCCACAAAACCAAAACAAAAUCCCAAACCCAAGCCCUGUCCUAAGUAAUUUUGUAGGUGUAAGGACAGUGUUUGCUAAUCUGUAUAGAAAAGAAGGGAGUCAAUGGAAAGCUUUAUAUACCUUCCCAGUUCUACAGGUGCUCCAGGCUUAGCUGAGUGCUGUCAGGCAACCUGAUCAAGUAAUGCUUCUCUGCCUUGCCCAUCGCCCAAUGUGUGGAACAGCUUAAGCUUUUCCUAACAGAAGACAAGCCCAUGAUACAUUUGAUGACUGGGAGGAAGUAUUCUGCAGGUUACAUGCAAGAAUCUUAGUAGUAGGGUUGCAGCAUAUUGUGUGUGUUAAAAGCACAGUAUGUUGAAGGCACACUUUAAGGUACAUUAGCUGGGAAAAAUAAACAUAGAUGCCAGGGAAAAAAAAGAACAAUUUUGUAAAAAUUUGUUCUCAGACUAAUAAAGUCAUACUUUUUUUUUUCUUUUUAAAAUAAUGAAACUUACAUCCUUGGUAUUUAAGUAUUUACUAUCAAUUUUUGUACAAGGUUCCUAGGAAUUACAAACACUUGGACUGUCAGGAUCAAAACCUUUUGGAUUUAGUUUAGUCUAGGUACCAGAUAAAGCAGGUAGGAUUAGCUUUAAAUAAAUGGGUAAGACAAAAUCACUGUUGGCCCGUCAGUGCAGGGAAGUAAGAUGCAAUUGUUUGUUAGUUUGUAAGUGCAGGGGAAAAGAACACAAGUAGAUGAACCUGGAAAUAAUGGAAAAUUGAAAUGGAGAUUAUGGCAAUAAAGCAAAGAUUAGAAAAUGUUCCCUCUGGAAAUUUAGCUGUUUUGGAAACAGCAGGAUUCCUGGUGAGAGUGUUUGUUCUUUAUUCCUUGGUUUUAGAUAUAUAUCAGCAUAUGUGUUGCUUUUAUUACUCUAAAACUCGCUGCAGUAUUUCAAGUGCAGUGUGAUAUUUUUCCUAAGGUUUCCUAUUUCUUAACAAAAUAUUUUAAAGCUCUUGUGUAAUCAUUGAAAUUGUGUUCUUUACAUAAAUAUUGAUAUAUUCUUUUUUACUCCAAGUGCCAAAGGCUACUGUUUUUAAUAAUGGCUUAUCAAAUUAUAUUACUUCAGAGAGUAGAAAUAUAAUAAUAAUAUAUACAUUGGAACUCAGACCUCUGCAUGUAUAUUUGAUAAGAAGCCUUUUGUAAAAUUACUCUUUGUUUACAUUCCACUGAUACCUUAAUUUAAAAUUAAUCAAAUAAAUUGGCAGGUGACAUCUUCUUAGUGUUCUGAUUUUCUUACUUGCUAACAGGCACGAAUUUCUUUGUUAGGCUGUGCUUUACUGAGAAAAGAAAAUAUGAAAAAAUAAAAUAUGUUUUUAGAAUUCUCUAUAUAAAGUAUUGUGUUUAAUAAAAUGUUAUGCAAUGUUUUAAAAUGGAGAAAAUUUGUAAAUUGCUAUAAAUGUAUUUUGUUAAAUAAGUACAGAUCAAAGCUACCGUGUGAGUUUAUUGUGCUAACAUCAUGAAAAUAAAGAUUAAAUUCCUCA